CAACAAUAAACUUUUCUGGUGUUGACCGGCCAUCAUCUGAUCCAGUCGCAUCGAAGGGCCGGCGACGCUCUUAGGUCAGCAGCGCCAGCGCCGGAAGGCGGUUGCUCACAGUAUUUAGAUCACAAUGGAAUCCGGAGCAGCCUUCGAGGACGAGCUGAUGCUGAACGAUAACUCUUGGCAACUGGGGGAAAUUGAUCCAAAACGAGCUCGCUUUCCUUGUUGUAUAGUUUGGACUCCUCUUCCUCUCAUCUCUUGGUUAAUUCCCUUCAUUGGUCAUAUCGGCAUCUGUAGAGAGGAUGGGGUGAUCCUGGACUUCGCUGGACCCAACUUUGUUAGCGUCGACAACUUUGCUUUUGGUGCAGUGGCACGCUACGUACCAGUUCACAGAGAUGAGUGUAAGAAGCUGACAGAGCCGGGUGGAGGAAUGACUUGGGAUGACGCACUCCGAAAAAGCACACAAGAGUUUCAGCACAGAUCCUACAGCUUGUUUACCUGCAAUUGUCACUCUUUUGUUGCAAACAAUCUAAAUAGAUUGAUGUACCGCGGACACGACGGAUGGAAUGUGGUAAACAUAGCAGCUUUCAUUUUCUUGAAGGGCACUUGGGUGAGGAGAGCAUCACUACUGCAAACCUACAUACCUUUCCUACUAGUCUUUGGCAUUGGGGUGUUCCUGGGCACAACAAAGUUCUUGUUGGGUAUUUUGGCUUUUGCAGUUGUGCUUAUCGGCUGGUUCCUCAUGGGGACAUAUUGCUUCAAGAAUCUUAUCCAGUUGUAAGCUCGUGGUAUUUUUUUUGAACUGGAUAGUUUAGGUUCAAAUUGUUUUUGUUCUAUCACUUGUCCUUCAAGUGUUUGAAUCUUAUAUGUAUAUUUUUUUACAUGAAUCUUGUCUGAAUUAAACUAA